AUGAGCAACUUUGUGGGACUCUAUGUCCGGGUAACUACAGCCGAUGGUCUCCGCGAGGGACUUGUUACCAAGGUCGAAAACGGUAUGCUGUCGUUACGGACACAAAAUGGACCCGUCAACCUGCCUGGCGAUGCCAUCAAGUCGUUGAAUGUCAUUGAGCGCGGCCAGCAGGAGCUCCAGCUGCCUGAUCCACGACAGCAUCAGGCCCAGACCCAGCCCCAGAUCCAGAACCGACAGCCCCAAACACAACCCCCGUCACGAUCUGGGUCACAUGCCCAGCAGCCCCGAUCUGGGUCACAGACCCGAUCUGGUCCCCCCGGUCAGCAGGGCGGGGCCCCCGGCGGCGCACCCGGAAGCUCCGGGUUCUCCGUCAACUCUCUGUUUGACGCACAUCGAGCCGAGAUGAGCGGGUUCUCCCAUAACCAUCCCCACGCUCCCAAGCCCCCCAAGGCGUCGUCUGGCUACGAGUCGUCGUCGUCUCUGUCGGACCAGGAGCUCGUGUCACGUGUCAAGCAGCUCAACCGCAAGAAGAAAAACAACCAUAAACACAACUCCAAUGCCCCCCACAACAAUAGCAACUACAACGCCGACUGGGAAACCGAUACCUCCUUCACUGGCGACUUUGACUUCCAGGCCAACCUGCAGAAGUUUGACAAGCAGCAGGUCUUUGACGAGAUCCGAGAAUGUGACAACGUGCCUGUAGAGCAACGGCUGGUGUCGCACAACAAAAAUACGCCUCAUAAGACCCAUGCCAAGAAGCACGACUUUGCUGCCAACGCCGGAAAGGUGCCCCACAACGAAAUGGUGCUUAAGCCAGUCACAGCUCAGAGCCGGUGGAUCGAAGACAAUCAAGAGGAAGACGAAGACGAUGAGUACGACGACGAAGAUGGUGGAGACCGGGUCACAACCCACUUUGUGUCGCUGUCCGACUCGUCCCACAUCCCCGUGGCAUCCGAGGAUCAAUACAACGAUGUCAUGCGGCUAGUCACCCCCUUCAUGGCUUCUCUGAUCGAGAACUGUGGCCUCAAGCUCGCUGAGCUGGUGAUCCGAUUGUCUGGCGGCAACGCCAGGUUUGGGUCCUCGUCCAACUUUAACCCUCUUCCCUUUUGUGUGGUGUUGGUUGGCGACUCCGAGGCCGGCAAGAAGGCCCUUUCUGCAGCCUCCCAUCUUUCCAACCACGGUCUCAAGGUGGUUGCGCUCCUCAUCAAGCCCCGCGAAAGCUACGAUCCGUCGUUUGAGCUGAAGUUCAACUUCUUCGAGCUCUGCUACGGUAAGGUGGUGGUCUCUGUGGCCGAUUUCACCCAGCUGGCUCGAAAGAACAAGCUGGGAGCCCCUGAAGUGGCGAUUCUGUCGGCCGAAAUCGCGCAGGCCCAGACUCAGUCCGUCUUUGACGCCAAGACCACUCUGGUUUGUGUCGACGAGGACUACGUGUCCAAGUCCAAGGCUGUUCUUGUCAGCACCGGCAUUCCUCUGGAGGACACCCUCCAGUCCAAGCAUACCCACUAUUUGAUCGAUAUGGGUCUUCCGCAAAAGAUUUUUGAGAUUGAGCGGUUCAAGCCGCUGACCAUCACUUGGGGAGGGGAGUGGUGUGUGCAGUUGGAGCAGCGAUAG